AUUCAGUGAUGACUCAUGUCAUGAAAUGGGAAGUAUCAAUAAAUACUCCCAACUUCUUCCAUCUCUUUUCGCUUCUUCGUCUUCUUACGCGGUUUCAUGACUAUGCACUCAUUUUCUUUUCUUAUGGGUGGCCUUCAUAUAUUAUAUAAUACCAUCAAAGUAUUAGCUCUGAUUUACAAUUAACGUGUACUCAGUUAUCUUCCUCCAGGAUUUUCAGUGGAGAAAGCGAAACCCGAGACUUGGAGCUAAAUUUGGGCGUGAACUGAGGUGGGGGUGUUGAUCGGAAUGGAUUCCGCGGCUGUAUUCUCGUCGUUGAGGCGGCGGAGGUCUCCAUCGCUGGAGGCGUUCUUGGCCCCGCUAGAUCUGGAGGACAGGGCGUUGGUGAAGGCGGUAGCUGCCUUGGCUAAGGAGCUGAUUUCAUCGUUUCCCGGCAAAGUUGAGCCGGCUUACCAGCGUAAGAAUUCCAAAAUUCUGCUCCGGAAGAUACGAAUUCUCUCAGUAGCCAUGGAAUGGCUCGGAGACAACAGAGGUUCAUCCAGAUAUCCUUCUAAUGCUUUUAUGUGCUUCAAAGAGUUGUACCUUAUACUUUACCGCUCUAAAAUACUACUGGAUUACUGUGUGCAUUCAAGUAAACUGUGGCUCUUGUUGCAAAAUCACUCCAUUUCGGGUCAUUUCCUCGAUCUGAACCAAGAGAUUUCUACACUCUUGGAUGUCUUGCCGAUACAGUGUUUGAACCUGCCUGACGAUGUGAGGGAACAAGUAACAUUGUUGCAAAAACAAUCCAAAAAAUCCAUUCUUUUCAUCGACAAGCAGGAUGAACUCUUGAGGUUAAAGCUGUACUCAUUCUUGAACGAGUUUGAGAAGGGUAAAAUCCCAGACUCUCGUGAAUUAUACUCAUUGUACGUGGAGAAGUUGGAGAUUCGGGAUGCCAGGAGUUGCAGGUUUGAAAUUGAGUUCCUGGAGGAACAGGUUAUGAAUCAUGAAGGAGAUAUUGAUCCAACGGCGUCUGUGUUAAGCGGGUUUGUGGCAAUGACCCGAUACUCCAGCUUCUUGCUGUUUGGAUUUGAGGAGGAGCAUGAUGAUGAGGAACUGGGUGGAAGUCAUUCUAAGCACUACUACUACAGUCUAGGAUCCAUCUCCCAAGAAAUCCGCCCUGAGACAUUUGGUUUUUCAUCAGCUCCAAAGGAUUUUUGCUGUCCCAUUUCAUUGGAUUUAAUGAAGGACCCAGUCAUCAUUGUAUCCACCGGGCAGACGUAUGACCGCCCUUCCAUACUUAGGUGGAUGGAGGAGGGGCACUGCAACUGCCCGAAGACCGGACAAACUCUUGUCCAUACCCACCUUGUGCCCAACAGGGCUCUCAAGAAUUUGAUCACCCAGUGGUGUGCUGCCCAUAGAAUUCCAUAUGACAACCCACCCGAGACGGGAGAAUCAUGCAGUGGAGAAGGCUUUGGGGCAGUUUCACCAGGAAGGGCGACAUAUGAAGCCAAUAAAGCCACCGCAGCCCAUCUAAUAAAACAGCUUGGAGAAGGAACCCAGAAAGCCAAGACCAUUGCUGCCCGGGAGAUCAGAUUGCUAGCGAAAACGGGAAAGGAGAACCGAGCCUACAUUGCCGAGGCCGGAGCAAUCCUUCUCCUGAAGAAUCUGCUCUCUUCUCCUGAUUCGGUCGCUCAAGAGAAUUCCGUGACCGCCAUUCUCAAUCUGUCUAUUCAUGAAAAGAACAAAGAGAGAAUCAUGGGCGAGAAGGGCUGUCUAGAGCUGAUUGUUGGGGUUCUCAGGUCCGGGCACACUCCGGAGGCCAGGGAGAAUGCCGCCGCGACUUUGUUCAGCCUCUCGGCCGUUCAUGAUUACAAGAAGAUAAUAGCCAGAGAGGAAGGAGCAGUGGAGGCGUUGGUGGGUCUGUUGAGAGAGGGGUCACCCAGGGGCAAAAAGGAUGCCGUGACUGCUCUAUUUAAUCUGUCCACCCACACGGAGAACUGCGGGAGAAUGAUAGAUUCCGGAGCUGUGAGCUCUUUGGUCAUGGCUUUGGGGACCGAAGGCGUGUCGGAAGAAGCGGCUGGUGCAUUGACAUUGAUUGUGAGGCAGCCGGCUGGGGCAGCGGCAGUCGGACGAGAGGAGCAUGCGGUUUCCGGGCUGAUCGGUAUGAUGAGAUGUGGGAGCCCAAAAGGGAAGGAGAAUGCAGUUGUAGCUCUGCUCGAGCUGUGUCGAGGCGGGGGUGAUGUCGCGGCAGAGAGGAUGUUGAGGGCCCCGGCAUUGGCCAGAUCGCUUCAGUCAUUGCUCUUCACGGGGACGAAACGGGCCAGGAGAAAGGCUGCGUCCCUUGCUAGGGUCUUCCAACGGUGCGAACAACACGGCUCGACUGCAAGGAUGAUGCACUAUGGCGGUGGGUAUGCAUUUGGAGGGGGCACGAACUCGGAUAGGGAUACGAGUUUUGUUGCCACCGAUGUCUCGGUCACGAUUUCCAUUUCUGUGAUAUAAUUAACCGUAGCAUCCAUCCCUGAUCCCUCUGGUACAUGAUCUUCAUUGUUCAAUUCCAUGGGGUGCCCCUUUUCUUUUUGUUUGUAACAUUUAAAAAGAAUUAUUUUAUUUUUUAUCAAUAAGCAGUACAUAUACAAGUUGGGAGUGCCAGGCAUCAACUUCCAAUCAUAGAGACCAAGACUGGUGGUGGAUUUUGUGCAAUUAGUCUUUGUGUGCGCGUUUAUGUGCUGGGGGUGAAGUAUCAACAUAGGCGCUGGUUAUGCAAGUUGUUAUUGGCAGUUAUUAAUGCCCUUUUCUUUUUAUUCUUGAGGCUUCAAUACCCGUUUUGUAAGGUAAAGUUAAACGAAAAUGGAACUGGUCUCAAUUGUUGAAUGUGCUGAAAUGUGGGUGAUAAUGUGAUAUUACCAAUACUUUAUGAAUUAACGAAA